UCUCUACUGUUUGUGUUUUCUACAACAAGAUCAAGUGAUCGAUUUAUCAAUUAUUUCGAGUAACGCUCGCUUACCCACGCUAAUUUUUAUGCGUCUUAAUCGACAAUUGUGUGUAUAGAAAUAUUUACAGAUUUUUAUUAAAAAUCGUUUUUUUCAAAACGCAAAAUUUCUCUAUAAAUACACAGUUUACCAGAUUAAUAUGCCGAAAAAGGGGAAGAAACGGUUGACCCAACGAAAGGGGACCUGUAUAAGGGGCCAGCCAACAAGAUCUGUCUCCGAGGAGAUGGCUGAAGGUACAAAUAGUAGUUUUUCUGUGGAAUUGCCUCCUCCUCUUAUUGUGCCUUCUGCAGAGGCAGCCGUAACGGUUCAUGGAGAUAUACCUCACGCGGUUGAAAUACAACAGCAUAUAGUUCAACCAGUAGCUGCCGUACAGGAUAAAAACUCCACAAUAAAUAGAGUGCCAAGAGAUUCUUCCACAGAGGAUUUAGUGAAAGCUGCACCUUCUACUUCCUUAGCACCUACCCGUCUGUUAAAACGGAAGUUUUCGAGUGAUUCUGAGGAUGAACCACCUCAAAUCGUCACUGUGGAAGUUAUGAUUCACCACGGUGCCAAUACUCAUAUUGAACAAAAUGUCCCAGGACCUUCAUCACCUGUUGCAGCUUCUACACAUUCUAAUAACACUCCUGUACCAAUUUUAGCCCCACCAAUGCCUCAAGAUGUUAUAGAAAUUGAUGUAGAAAACAUAGGUGAUGAGAUAAUUCCUGAAUUAUCUCCAUCUUUAUUAGAUGACCUCCAAAAUGAAUUUGCUGAUUUACCAUUUAACAAUCGGAGACAAACAGCAAAUCAAAUGGAUGCCGCCAUAGCUGAUAUUCCUACGAGAGAAGACAUUCAACAAGAUAUAGAACGUCUACGGAAUAUCGAAAAUCGCUUACCGACAUACCUUCUGGCUAGCGAAAGAAUUGUACUAGGCGGAACUUACAAUUUAGGUCCACUCGAUCAAAUGUGUAUUCAUUGUUCUGCUUUUUAUUUUCAUGUAGAACGCCUAAGUCGUGGACACUAUACAAAAUGCUGCCGACAAGGUAAUGUAGUUUUAGAAAAUUUACCACCUAUGCCUGAUGUUUUAGAAGCUCUGUUUCAAGGCUUACAUCCUUUGUCUGCCCAUUUCAGAAGGUAUAUAUUAUUAUAUAAUUAUAGUUUUCAGUUUGUUUCUUUAGAGGCAAACCUACGAGACUUUCCCGCAAGGGGGCCAUAUGUCUUUUCUGUCAGAGGAAAAGUAUAUCACCACAUUUCCAAUGUAAAUGUUAAUGAGCCGUUGCAACGCUACGGACCUAUUUAUUUUCUAGAUCCAGACGAUGCCGUCGAUGCCCGAGCACAAAACAAUAAUCAAGUCUUAGACAGACGAUUAAUUGUUCUUUUGGAACAAUUGCUAAGAGAUAUAAAUCCCUACGCUAGGGCAUAUAUGCAUCUACGAGAACGUUACAAUUUAGAACGGCAAACCAUUGACAGACUUCGAGCAGAAGCCGUUCGUGAUAACGUAGAACCUCCCCCUUUACAAAUGCCAAAUAUAACAUUAGAAUUAUUAAAUGUUCGUGGAAUAAAUAGAAGGCAAUAUGACUUGCCUAGAGUGGAAGAAGUUGCAGCUGUGUACAAUUUAAUGCCAGACGCUCCAGCAACUCCUAAUAUGCGUAUUUAUGUACGCGACGAACCCACUAGAUUCCAAAAUGUCUCAGAGGAAAGUGAGCAUAAUGAUCCGUUAGUAUUUCCUCUACUGUUCCCUCAAGGAGAGCCGGGAUGGUACAUAGGAAUGCCUCACAGAAAUGGUAAUCGCAAUAUAACAUUAUGCGAAUAUUAUGCCUAUCGUUUUGGAAUUAGAAAUAACGAUACCAGACUUAAAUAUGGAGGCAGACUAACACAACAAUUUGCUGUCACUGCGUAUAUCAAAAUCGAAAAUAAUCGUCUCAAAUAUAUAUUACGCAACCAAGAGAGGUUAAGAGUGACAGAAUAUGUUGGGUUGGCCGAUUACCUGCAUCGUAGGGUCCAAGAAGGCAAUGAAAAUGACGAGGCCGCAACGUUGGGUAGAAUGGUUAUUUUACCAUCAACUUUUAUAGGCUCGCCGAGAUACCAACAGCAACUUUUUCAGGACGCAAUGGCAGUUGUUGGACGCUUCGGUAUACCCAGCCUUUUCAUUACGAUGACAACCAAUGCACGAUGGUCAGAAAUAGUGGAUAAUAUUCCCGCAGGUUAUACUGUGAGUGACCACCCAUCUCUCAUGGAUAGAGUAUUCCAGUGCAAAUUAAAUGAAAUGAUAGAUGACAUGCUGAAAAAGCACAUUUUUGGGGUACACGUAGCUAACCUCUACGUUAUAGAAUUCCAAAAAAGAGGGUUACCCCAUUGUCAUAAUCUGCUUAUUCUAAGAGACGGAGAUAAAUUAACAGACCCUCGCAGAAUUGAUGCAUUCAUUAGUGCAGAAAUACCAGAUCCGCAAUUAGAACCGGAACUGUAUGAAAUUGUAACCUCUUUCAUGGUACACGGCCCUUGCGGAGAAUUGAACCCAGACUCCGUUUGUAUGGUGAAUGGCCAAUGUUCUAAAAAGUAUCCUAAAGAAUUUAGUGAACUUACAGUAAUAUCAGAAAAAGGGCAAGUCUCUUAUAAAAGACCAAACAAUGGCAGAACUUUGACGAUUAGAGCUAAUAACAGAAACUGUAUUUUAGACAAUCGUUGGAUAGUUCCUUACAAUCCCUAUAUCCUAUUAAAGUAUAAAUGCCAUAUUAAUAUAGAGGCUUGCGCUACUACCCAAUGCGUUAAAUACUUAUAUAAAUACCUAUUUAAAGGUGUAGAUCUGGCAUUAGUUCGCAUUAACGUAGAAAAUCAAGCGAAUUAUAAUGAGGUAGAAAACUACUUGAACGCACGGUAUAUGACUCCUCCGGAGGCCUGUUGGCAUAUCAAUCAAUUUGAAACCCAUAAAAAUACCCACACCGUUUAUCGGCUUUGCGUUCAUCUACCUACCAGGCAAAUGGUUCGUUUCCAACCUGGAUUCGAAAUACAAGCAUUAGAAAAUAAUGAAAUUACCCAACUAACGGCAUGGUUUCUGUUAAAUCAGAAUGACCCCGACGCCCGACAAUAUCUGUACACCGACAUUCCAUAUCAUUACGUAUGGAAUAGUAGAANAUCACCUACCCGUCUUUUAAAACGGAAGUUUUCGAGUGAUUCUGAGGAUGAACCACCUCAAAUCGUCACUGUGGAAGUUAUGAUUCACCACGGUGCCAAUACUCAUAUUGAACAAAAUAUCCCAGGACCUUCAUCACCUGUUGCAGCUUCUACACAUUCUAAUAACACUCCUGUACCAAUUUUAGCCCCACCAAUGCCUCAAGAUGUUAUAGAAAUUGAUGUAGAAAACAUAGGUGAUGAGAUAAUUCCUGAAUUAUCUCCAUCUUUAUUAGAUGACCUCCAAAAUGAAUUUGCUGAUUUACCAUUUAACAAUCGGAGACAAACAGCAAAUCAAAUGGAUGCCGCCAUAGCUGAUAUUCCUACGAGAGAAGACAUUCAACAAGAUAUAGAACGUCUACGGAAUAUCGAAAAUCGCUUACCGACAUACCUUCUGGCUAGCGAAAGAAUUGUACUAGGCGGAACUUACAAUUUAGGUCCACUCGAUCAAAUGUGUAUUCAUUGUUCUGCUUUUUAUUUUCAUGUAGAACGCCUAAGUCGUGGACACUAUACAAAAUGCUGCCGACAAGGUAAUGUAGUUUUAGAAAAUUUACCACCUAUGCCUGAUGUUUUAGAAGCUCUGUUUCAAGGCUUACAUCCUUUGUCUGCCCAUUUCAGAAGAUCCAGACGAUGCCGUCGAUGCCCGAGCACAAAACAAUAAUCAAGUCUUAGACAGACGAUUAAUUGUUCUUUUGGAACAAUUGCUAAGAGAUAUAAAUCCCUACGCUAGGGCAUAUAUGCAUCUACGAGAACGUUACAAUUUAGAACGGCAAACCAUUGACAGACUUCGAGCAGAAGCCGUUCGUGAUAACGUAGAACCUCCCCCUUUACAAAUGCCAAAUAUAACAUUAGAAUUAUUAAAUGUUCGUGGAAUAAAUAGAAGGCAAUAUGACUUGCCUAGAGUGGAAGAAGUUGCAGCUGUGUACAAUUUAAUGCCAGACGCUCCAGCAACUCCUAAUAUGCGUAUUUAUGUACGCGACGAACCCACUAGAUUCCAAAAUGUCUCAGAGGAAAGUGAGCAUAAUGAUCCGUUAGUAUUUCCUCUACUGUUCCCUCAAGGAGA